ACUUUGGCCAUCUUAGAUAAACUGGACCUGGACUCAGAACGUCCAAGCGAUGAGGAAGUAGCGCGAAUGUUCGGCUACGAGGAGGCGUAUCACAGUGGAACCUUGACAACGUGGCAAAGAAUCAAACCGAAAGUUUGGGCCCUGUUCGACGAGCCGUACUCGUCCACAGCUGCAAAGGUUGUGGCCGGUAUAUCUGUGUUCUUCAUUUGCGUAUCGGUCCUCUCCUUUUGCCUGAAGACUCAUCCUGGAAUGCGCCUGAAAUGCGGUGGUUAUAGAUUUAGAAAUUCCACGGAUUUAAACUGCACCGAGCCGCUACCGUUAUUCGUAACCAUCGAGCACUUCUGUAAUGCCUGGUUCACCUUUGAAUUAACUGUUAGACUGAUUGUUGCACCCAACGUAAUACAAUUUAUGAAAUCGCCGGUGAACGUAAUAGAUUUUGUAGCAACGUUAAGUUUUUACGUAGAUAUGAGUUUAAACGUGGAUGGUAAAUCGGAACUAUUGGAGUUCUUUAGCAUAAUCAGAAUACUCAGACUGUUCAAGCUAACGCGACAUUCGCCUGGAUUGAAGAUACUAAUACACACCUUCAAGGCGUCCGCGAAGGAGCUCACGUUGCUCGUCUUCUUUCUCGUGCUGGGAAUUGUCGUUUUCGCUAGUCUAGUUUACUACGCCGAGAAAUUGCAGAACAACCCGCAUAAUAGCUUCAAGAGCAUACCUGAAGGACUAUGGUGGGCGAUAGUAACGAUGACAACGGUCGGAUACGGUGACAUGGCCCCGAAAACUUAUGCGGGAAUGUUUGUUGGGGCAUUGUGCGCCCUUGCCGGUGUCCUUACAAUCGCACUUCCGGUUCCUGUGAUAGUUUCAAAUUUUUCUAUGUUUUACUCACAUACUCAGGCUAGAUCUAAACUGCCAAAGAAACGUAGGAGGGUACUGCCGGUAGAGCAAAUCAGAAGGAAAAAGGUAGACGCGUGUGCAAAUAGAAGGAUGAAUGCUAUUAAACACCACCACCCUGCAAUUUUCAAAGAUGCCUUCGGGAACGCGAAAAUUGGUAACGCCAAUGGAGUGAACGUAAUCGGUCUAGCUCUGCAGGGACCUUCAAUGCCCAGCAUUGCAGUUUUACAUCACAGCGGUCCCUACAACGCCUCAUCACGAUCAGGCGAUGGCGAGAUAAAGUCCAAACCGGGAGGUCUGGACGUUUUGCCGCUACAACCCCGCUUCCUUCCUCAGCUGUGCAUGGAAACGUCCUCGCGCGAGACGAAGUCCGAGCCACGCGACUCGAUCGGAAAGUCGCUAAUCGAGACGCCCGAAAUCGGAAUAACAAGCGCAUCGGCGCUCGCCAUCGGCAGCUCGACGGAGGUGCUGGUUAGCAUUCUCGAGAAUCAAGCCGGAUUUCGACGAAAUUCGUUUUUGAGCGUCAACUCGCAAAGUCCAAUCUCGUUAAAGCAGCGACCGAGCCCGAUCAAGAAUUUAAAGGAGGUGAUUAAGGAAACCGAACUGAACGACGGCAGCGGUGAUGAUAACGAUGGGAAAUCGCCCGACUUCGAACUUAUUAAAAGUCCCAGCACCGAAUUAACGGAUCCUUCCGACCAAACUACCCCAACCGAAACUUCCAAAGGUUUAAGUUGUCACAGUUUUGGUAGCGUCACGUAUUUGUAAUCGCGCUAGUCAAUUUUAAAUCGAUCAAUUUCACCACGUCAAUUUUUAUGCGCAACCUUUGUUAUUAUAAUUUCCAUUAAUUUGUCCCUUAUGUGCAGUUUGAGCUUUUAAGGAUAUCUGAUUCAUAGAUUUUUGCAGUGACAUAUUUUUAGAUGAAUGUGUCCUUCUGUUUGUGCUAGCUUUAAUUAAAAUUCAAGAUUGUAGUAGAUAUAAGCGUACUUUGGAAGUUACUAGGGAAGGUCUAUUUUGGUAGUGUUACAAUGAAAUUGCAAGAUUCUUUGGGUACGUUAGGGGACGGACUGAAUCCCUAAAAUAAAUUUUUUUAACAUUACAUCGCGACUUACUACCCCAGCCUUAAUUGUGGCAAAUUGAAGCCGGUGUCUGUUUAGUGGACAUCAAGUAAUCAAGUACAUUAAGUUCAUGAUGAAAUCUGUUAAUUUACUUAACUUUCAGCCCUAUGGUUAAACCGUAGGCACUUGACCAUUAUGAUUACCGAAUGUAGGCACCCAUUAAAAAUUACAUUUAAAUCAAAACACUAUAAUAAAACGAGGCGUUAAUAUAUCUAGAAGGUGAGCAAAAAUUGGUACUAUAAGCUCACUGCAUAUUAAUAUAUUUUUGUAAUAAUGUAAAUUUAUGAUCAAAUAAAAGGAUUUUAAGACUUC